UCUCUCCACAUAAACAAAGAAAAAGCUUGUAUUUGGUUCUGUUCCGAAGAAAGGCAAAAGAAAGGGAAGUAAAGUAAACUCAGUGCCUAGCGUUGAGACAAGUGAGUUUCAGUUCAGAAGAUGAUGAAUUUGUUUAUAAGGAUCGUUUGGUUUCUGCUAUCUCACCAAAGUUGAUAAUCAUGAACUUGGUUUCUCAUGCAGCCUUUGAUAUCACUGGGGAGUGGAGAAAGAUCUACUAAACUGUUUUAACAAUGGGGGAAGAAGAUACAAAGGCAACCGUUGAGCCAACAGCAACGGAUACUAGCUCUCUUGAAAAGUCAUCAGAGGCUACGGAAGGGAAAAAAGAGGAGGAGAAGGCUGGAGGUAAGGAAACAGAAGAAGAGCCUAAGAAGGCUGAACCAGAUACAAUGGAGAUAGAUGCUGAGAAAAAGAAAGAUGAAGAGUUAGAGGUUAAGAGCAAUGAAGACGAUGCUGGGACUGAUAAAAUGGAAGAGGACGUUACUGUGACCAAAGAUGAGGGACAAGCAGAGGCUACCAAGAUGGAUGAAGAUGCAAAUGGACAGAAAGAGCAAACUGGUGAUGGUGUUUCUGGAGGUGGUACUGUGGAAGAUACUGUGAUGAAGGAAAAUGUGGAAUCUGGAGAUGGUAACAAUGCCAAAGAUGAUGAAAAGCAAGAGAGUAAAGAAGCAGAUCAGAAGAAAGCUGGGAAAGAAUCAGAGGAGGACGUAAUAAAUGAAGGUGAUAAGGCAAACGGAACAAAAGAUGAGAAGACAGGAGACAUCAACGAGAAAUAUAAAAAGGUGGAGACUGUUGAUGAAAAUAACAAGGAGCAGAAUAAGGAGGAGGAUUUGGCUGAAGAAGGGAAAGAAGAGGAAGAUAAGGAAAUUGAAAAGGCAAAGGUGGAAGAUGAAGAAAGAAGUGAGGAUGAGAAUGACAAUGAACAAGUGGAGAGUCAACCUGCAAAGGAAGAUGAGAAAGAAGAGAGGAAUGAUGAUAAGGAAGAUGAAAAAGCUGAGAGCGGUGAUGAUAAGGAAGAAGAGAAAGACAAGAGCAAGGGUUCUAAAAAGCGUGGGAAAGGAAAGAGUUCUGGUGAAAAGGUUGGAAAGAAGACAAAGAAUAAGGAAGAAAAAAAGGAUUCAGAACCAAAGACUCCUUUCUCUGAUCGCCCUGUGCGUGAGCGCAAAUCUGUUGAGAGGCUUGUCGCAGUGAUUGAUACAGACUCUUCCAAAGAAUUCCGUAUCGAAAAGGGGCCAGGUGCAUAUCUCAAAGACAUUCCCAGCGUUGCUUACAAGGUAACUAGGAAGAAGUCUGAUGAAACUUUGAAGUUGCUGCACACCAUUCUAUUUGGUGGGAGGAGAGGGAAGGCUCCUCAGGUCAAGACAAAUAUAUUGAGCUUCUCAGGUUUUGUUUGGCAUGGAAAUGAGGAAAAAGCAAAAGAAAAAAUAAAAGAGAAGUUUGAUAAAUGUAUCAAAGACAAACUGGUGGAGUUUUGCGAAAUGUUUGACAUACAUGUUACCAAGGCUACAACAAAGGAAGAUAUCGUCACGAAACUGUUUGAGUUUUUGGAGAAACCUCAUGCGAAAGGUGACGCUCCAGCUAGUGAGAAAGAGAAGUCAAGUAAGGGAGCCAAACGCAAGAGAACUCCCAAGAAAAGCUCGCCUGCAGCUGCGACUUCAUCCUCCAAACGAUCAGCAAAGAGCCAACGAAAGUCGGAAGAAGGAACAAAGGCUGCCAAAAAGGGUUUAGCUCUUUCUGAAGAUGAGUCUGAAGAGGAGAAAGAGGAAGAAAAACAAGAAAAGGAGCAGAAGAGUGCAGAAGAGGAGGAGAAUGUAAACGGUAUUCCCGAUAAAUCUGAGGAUGAAGCACCUCAGCCUUCUGAAAGCGAGGAGAAAGCUGAAUCUGAGGAGGAGCGUUCUGAAGAGGAAACGCCGAAGAAGAAGAAGAAACGUGGUUCUAAACUAUCAGCUGAGAAGAAAGAAUCCGCAGGGAGAGCCAGGAACAAGAAAGCGUCUGUCGCUGCAAAAUCCAGUCCACCGGAGAAAGUUACACAGAAGCGAUCAUCUUCAAAACGAAAGAAGACUGAUAAUGACAGUGAUAUAAGUCCAAAGGUCCCCUCUAAGAGGAAGAAGUCUGAAAGAGUUACCAAGGCCUCCACCUCUACCCCUUCGAAGUCUGCAUCAAAAGAGAAGCCAGAAGUUAAAGGGGCUGGAAAAGGGAAAGAAAAAACCAAAGGGCCAAGUGAUAAAGUGCUGAAGAAUGCAAUCAUUAAGAUACUGAAAAGGGUCGACUUUAAUAUUGCUACAUUCACGGACAUCAUCAAAGAACUUGGGAAGGAGUUCAAAGAUGAUCUCACCCCAAGAAAGUUAUCUAUAAAGAUGCUGAUUCAAAGUGAGCUCACCAAAUUAGCAGGAGAGGCUGAAGAAGAAAAGAUAGAGGAGAAAGAAGAGGAUGCAGAGAAGAAGAAAGCAGGAGGGUCUGCUGGUACUGAGAAAGAGAAAGAAGAGGAUGCAGAGAAGGAGAAAGCAGGAGCGUCUGCUGGUAGUGUGAAGGAGAAAGAAGAGGAAACAGUGAAGGAGAAAGCAGGAGGUUCUGCUGGUAGUGAGAAGGAGAAAGAAGAGGAAGCAGUGAAAGAGAAAGCAGGAGGGUCUGCUGGUAGUGAGAAGGAGAAAGAAGAGGAAGCAGUGAAGGAGAAAGCAGGAGGGUCUGCUGAUGGUGAGGAGGUGAAAUCCUAAACUCCUUUCUGAUCACAUGGCACAUACUGAGACUCUCCCCCUUAGCCUAGAUGUUGUUGUAUGAUGCUUAGUAGACAGUCAUCUGGCAAAUGAUAAACCGUGGAUGUAAUCCUUUCUUGUUUUGUUUAGUCUGAACCAACUUUACUUUUGGUAAGAGACAAGAGGAAGAAGCUGCAUAGCCAAAAGAAAGAUAGGUUGCUUGUAUGUCUAUACAAUUUAACAUAAAGCCUCCUUAGAUGUCGUUUGAUUUGUAAGGCUCUCCCUUUUCAGACAUUGUCCAGUUUUCUCA